UCCGCAUACGCGCAACAAGUGAUACGUCGACGCCAUUGACAGACUACAUUACCCAGAAGGCUGGGCGCCGUCAUACGUCAACUGCAAUCACGGUUGUAACUCCAACAUGGCGUCGCUGGGAAGGAGGCGCGGUGUCCCAGUAAGCAGGGAGAGGGGAGUGAUGGCGGCGACAGACUGCUACAUUGUGCAUGAGAUCUACAAUGGGGAGAAUGCGCAGGACCAGUUUGAGUAUGAGCUGGAGCAAGCACUGGAGGCCCAGUAUAAAUACAUUGUUAUUGAGCCCACACGCAUUGGAGAUGAGACGGCCCGUUGGAUUACCGUUGGUAACUGCCUGCACAAGACGGCCGUGUUGUCAGGCACGAUCUGCCUCUUGACGCCUCUUUCACUGCCUGCUGAAUACUCGCGCUAUGUGGUCUUACCUGCUGGCGCCCUGAGUGUGGCCUGUUCUGCCCUCUACGGGAUUUCCUGGCAGUUUGAUCCCUGCUGUAAGUACCAGGUGGAAUACGACAGCCAAAAACUCUCGCGGCUGCCCCUGCAUACACUCACCUCCUCGACGCCCGUGGUAUUGGUGCGCAGGGAUGAUGUCCACAGAAAGAGACUCCAUAAUACGAUAGCACUGGCUGCCCUGGCGUAUUGCGCCAAGAAGAUCUAUGAACUCUAUGCUGUAUGAGUGCACUCUGAAGAGGGUUUAAGAACCACAAGAAAAAGGAAAAAAGCAAACAAAAAAAACAGAACCUAUCCACCCCCAGAUGUAAGAAAAGUGGAAGUCACGAUCAGGCCCAACAGUUAGCUCCGCACAUGUGGUGGGUGCUUCCAUUUUGAACUUUGAUCAGAGGGAUAUAGUUCAAACUAGAAGGAAUUGUUUUUCCCCUUACGUUUCCUUUACUUCUAUGUGACGACAACAGUACGUUUACCUCUGUAGUACCCUUGCGCCUGCUCCCCUGUGCCCUCCACCUGCAUCCUUGACACAAAAGUUAGCGCACGAGGGUAUGGCAGCAGUUCCUCUGGACUGAAUCGUGUUGCAGUUCCAAUGGACAGACAUGUUUUGAGUACUUUUCCCCUUUUCCUGGUAGUUUUACUGUACCCUUUUCUUGCUGAUCAGUACAUCACCCUUUCAUUAAACAUUAGGAUAUUUCAAACUCACUUUUCUGUAUUUUAUUUUACUUUUUGUUUUUCAUUAAUUGGAUUCUACAUUUUGUCCGGUAAGGAUAUAAUGGCAACAACCUAUUUGAAAUUUUGUCUUGCCUAUGUGGAUUUUCUUCUGUCUGAAAGAUUGCGAUCAAGAUCCUGAAGAAAAAAUAUGAACUUUUGAAAAGUUACAUUUCACACACGCUUCUGAUAAUGUACAGUAUAUAACAUUAAUGUCAAGGCAAAUCAUUAAAAUUUAAAUUUAAAAAAUACAACUUGAAGCUACAGAUAAGACUUAAAACAACAGAUUAUAAAUUCCUCCUUUCUUGAUCAUGUUUAUCCAGUGAGGCUUUUUAUGAGUUGCUGUCUAGAUUUGCAGUUUGAAAGUUUUGGAGGAACUGAAGGAAAUGCUAAUCAUGAGAUGAAUAAAAACAAGUAUGGAUGAAGUUAAGGAUGAGUUGUAAUAAAGCAAGAGACUUGCAACGAUUGAACAUUAAAGGA